GCCGUGAAAGUCCUGCCCACCUGCACAGGUGAGCUCUGACGUCACAGCGGACCAGGAAGGGACGGGAGGACGAACCUUCUGCUCAGUCUUUCGCUUCACGCUAUUUGUAUGUUCCGGAGAGCUGACCUACUUUUGUGAAGCGAAACACUGGAAAGCAAUCCUCGUUCGUCAAAAAUGUGUACUUUUGAUAAGGACAAGGGGGCGAGGAGGCUGAUGAAGAAGGGGUUGACCCUCAUCCUGGUCGGCCACAUCAACUUCAUCCUGGGGGCCAUCGUCCAUGGCAACGUACUGCGGCACAUCUCCCAGCCGAGCGAGCACAUCACCACGGAGUACACCAUGGCCAACAUCAUCUCCGUCACCUCCGGGCUGCUGAGCAUUUUAACCGGUGUGAUCGCCAUCCUGGUGUCAAGAAACCUCCCAAUGUUGAAACUGCAAGUGGGGCUCCUGGUUUGCUCGUUCUUCAACGCUCUGAUGUCAGCCGCCUGCAGCGUGGGCCUCCUGGUGGCCGUCGGCCUCACCAUCGCCCACAACGGCCAGCUGCUGAUGAGGGGGUGCAACGAAACGGAGGUCCCCGCCAACGCCCGCUCGGCCGUCGGCUCGCAGUGCCCCUUCGACAACACCAAGAUCUACGACACCGCCCUGGCUCUGUGGAUCAGCUCGGUGCUGCUGGCCAUGGUGGAGGUGGGGCUGUCGGUCUGGUGCUUCAGCGUGGGGCUGACUCUCAGAGGGCUGGCUCCCUGCGGCAACCAUUACAUCAAGGAACAGUUGGAGGAGGGCGCUCUGUCCAAUAGGAACAGAGCAGGGGCGGGAUUUCCCACCCAGGGCCAGAUCCUGAUUGAACGGCAGAACACUGACGUCUGAUUGGACCAGCACCGUGUCAAACACAGCCAGUACUAGAGUUCUGUUUUCAAAAUGCCAAUAUUAUUGGUGCUAUUUUUCUAUUCUAAAGAGGUUUUCUGGGAAGGAUUAAUUUAGAUUCUGGUUUGGUAAUCAGAUUAGGCUGCUGAUAUAGGAGGACAUGUCAUCAAGGAAAGUAAAUUAUCUAAAAUAUCACUUGAAGGGAAUACAUUUCAGUGUAAAAUAUAUUUUAUGCAGGUAUUACUAAUAUGAAGUUCAAGUGAUGGUAUUUUAGUUUGAGGUUUGCUUGUUUUUUAUACGACAGAAGUAAUUGCCAAAGAUUUGUUUUUGUAUUUAAAUGAUUUGAUUAUGCUUAUCUUACAUUUUAGUUAAAUGCUUUUCCUAAGCCUUUCUGCUCAGCAUAUCAUGGCCUGGAAGUCAUGUGGCUUUUGUAAGAAAGAACCAAAUCAACAAAUAUAGGCUAUUAAUAUUUAUUAAAUUAAAAGCAAGGCACUUAAAAACAAAAGAUGCAAGCUGUCGAAUCAUGGCUUGCACAUCCGCUGUUAAUCUAACUGAUUGUUUAAGAAAGAUUUCAUUAUUAUACAAAAAAAUUAUAUUAAACAUCUGCGUAGUAGCAACAGCAAAAUUCGAAGUAAUAACAUAAAUGAAGUCUUAUUUUACGCUUUUAGAAGGAUAACCUGAGGGAUAAUUUUAAAUUCUGCUUAUUAGAGGACCACUGGAAAAGAGAAAAUAGAAAAGCCUGCUUUGCAUAUUAAUUGGCCAGCACAUGUGUGCAUAGUUUGCAUGCAUUUAUGCAUGUGCAUGUGUGAGAGAAAAGACUCCUCCAAGGAUGCAUGCGGGUGUGUCUAUACAUUCAUGCCUGUUUUAUUUGUAGCACGUUUACACGCCCUUGCAUAUUCUUUUUAUUUGCAUGCUUGCCCAGUGACACAAACCAGUUCAGUGAAAGAGCAUUUCAGUAGAAGAACCAUAACGUUCCUCUGCAUUUCAAACUCUGCAUCCCCCCCCCCCCCCCCCCACGCUGGGCCAUGCGCUGUGCGAGGCCGUGAGUGGUCAGAGCCUCCUGCCACCCAGCAGCCAAUCACAGAGCAGGCUGCUGAGCCAGGCCCGUAUGGAGGCGGUGGGAUCAGCUAUGAAACGGUUAAUCUAGAGGCCGUGCUUUAUCGAGCGUAAAAGGGUCUCUGCACGCGAUGUUAAUCUGCUGUGUGUGUGUGUGUGGGGGGGGGGAUGGGGGGGUAUAAAUAUUGACAUGGAUUGGUGACUCCAGAAGUCACAACAAAUUGCCAUCCCUGAUGUUGGAGGAUUAGGGCAGAGGGCGAUGCGUUGGGCCUUGCGUGUUUCUGCGGAGAAAGAUGGGGCAUGAUGAGGAAGUCAUAGCAUUAGAUUAAUAGAUUAUAUAUAUAUAUUUUUUUUUUCAUAAUCAGAGACAAAACACACCAAACUUGUAUCGGUUUAUCUUUGGGUUAGGUUAUAUGUUUUGCAUUUUUAUGCACUAUUACUAUACUGUGCAUUACUUUUUAUAUUUUAUGUUCAAUUGAAUUAUCUGUCAUAAACUGACCAAAGACCAUGUGUCCAUCUGUGUUGAAUAUGUAUUAUCAAAUGUAUUUUGACAGUAGCCUCUGUAAUGUGUCUUUGCUAAUUAGAUUUGUUUUAACUGUUCAGUCUUUCCAUGUUUCAUGAGGACCGAAUGGCCUCUUUGUGUCGAGGAACAGUGUUUGGAUGAGUUCUGAUUAAACCAAGGCUCUAUGCAUUCUGUUCUUUUAUGUUGUAUAAAAGUAAUGUUUUGGAUUUACAUUUUUGACUGAAAUAUCACCUAUUACAUUUCUUAUUUUUUUUUAUCCUUAAUAAAACAGUAAAAUGUGAUCGCCACGAUGAUUAUUUUUUAAUAAAUGCAGUAACUGAAUUGGU